GGCGGCGCGGCCACCAGGGGGGAGUGCUGAGCUCAGAGCUGCCGCAGCGCUGGAGCAGGAGCCGGAGUGGAGCCGGAGCGCGCGAGUAGCAUCCUUGGUGGCAGAACACCCGAGGCCGGAGCACUACUGCGCUCCAGCUCAGGGAGGGUGACUCAAGAGCCUGACCACGGCAAGACCCCAUUGGCCCCGAGCCCACCCCUACCCAGUGUAGCCCAGCCCCGCGCGUCUGCCUGCAGUAGCCGCCGCUGUCGCCACCACAGCUCCAUCCCCCAGCCCGGCCCCGAAACCCAGGUUGCAGAUCUCCGGAUAACUGAGGCCGCCAGGAUGGACGUGUUCAUGAAGGGCCUGUCCAUGGCCAAGGAGGGCGUUGUGGCUGCAGCUGAGAAAACCAAGCAGGGGGUCACCGAGGCGGCAGAGAAGACCAAAGAAGGCGUCCUCUACGUUGGAAGCAAGACCAAAGAGGGAGUGGUACAAGGUGUGGCCUCAGUGGCUGAGAAAACCAAGGAGCAGGCAUCGCAUCUGGGUGGAGCUGUAUUCUCGGGGGCUGGGAACAUCGCAGCAGCCACAGGUCUGGUGAAGAAGGAGGAGUUCCCUACAGACCUGAAGCCAGAGGAGGUGGCCCAAGAAGCCGCUGAGGAGCCCCUGAUUGAGCCUCUGAUGGAGCCGGAAGGGGAAAGUUAUGAGGACUCACCCCAGGAGGAAUAUCAAGAAUACGAGCCAGAGGCGUAAGGGUCCAGGAGGGCCCGCACCAGCAGCACAAUUCCUUCCCUGUCCCCGCCCCAUUCCUCACCCCCCCAGAGCCAGGGCUGUCCUUCUACCUUUUCUUGCAAACACAAGAUCUUCCUUCGGCUCCGAGGCACUUCCUCAGGGCCUGUGUUAGUGUCUGCCCUGCCCUUCUGUCUGUCCUACCUGCCCGCGUUCAUCCCUGAGGCGUGGACUGGAGUCGGGCAGAGAGGUCCGGCUGGGAGCCCCGCCCUACCAGUGUUACCCCUCACCCUCCAUCUGGUCCAGUGUCUGCUCGGAUGUAGCAUGUUCUAUGUAUUUUUAAACCAAGAUGGGAAAACUAUGGCUCCUUCCCCAUCCUAACAGAGGUUCUCCAAGGGGCCCCCGGGCAGCCCCACUUCGACCCCUAAAAUGUUUUCUUUUUAACCCAAAUCAGGAGCCAGGUCGUGCCAUGCCCCCUCCCUCAGCCCGCUCGGUCCGAGCGCGGGCGUCGUAUGUUGUGAUUGUGGCAUGGAGAGUCCCCCACCCACCGUGUGAGCGUGUCCCGGGUGGGCGGCCAAGCCGCUCCCCAGUGUGUCCAUGAAUAAAGCCAAUCUGUCUGUA